AUGCCUUCAUACGCGGCAUCGAUAGCAGCCAUCGGCGUUUCCCUGCUUUCGCAGCCCGCUGUGGCUUCGGGGCAGGGGAAAUCACCUUUCGGUUGGGGAGUUCAGUCGCUUUCUCACUUUGGUCUGAGCCCCGACCCUGUGAUCAAUCAUCAGCAGAGCAUCUCUUCUCUCGUUUCACACUCAGCAAUGGCCACCACAGUAGAGACUGAAUAUGUCACCAUCCCUCUAGACCAUGACAACUCAUCUGCUGGCACUUAUGAGAAUCGGUUCUGGGUCAAUGAUCAGUUCUACAAGCCCGGGAAACCGAUCAUGGUAUACGACGCAGGGGAGACGGAUGGAGGAGCAGUAGCUGAGGCUUACCUGACGUCCUCGCUUUCCUUCUUCAGGGGGUUGUUGGAAGAGCUCGACGCCAUGGGAAUUGCGUGGGAGCACAGAUACUAUGGAGAGUCGACCCCGGCCCCCAUCUCCUACGAGUCACCACCGGAGACUUUUCAAUACCUCAACACUAGGCAGGCCCUUGCAGAUCUUCCAUACUUUGCAAGCAAUUUCAGCCGCGAGAAUUAUCCCGACAUCGACUUGACACCGCAGGGCACACCGUGGAUCAUGGUGGGCGGCUCAUAUGCUGGAAUCCGCGCUGCCUUGACUCGCAAUGAAUAUCCGGAAACCAUAUUCGCUGCCUUUUCCUCAUCGGCUCCACUGGAAGCCCGGAUCAACAUGACCAUGUACUAUGACCAAGUCUACCGUGGAAUGGUGGCCAAUGGAUGGACCAACUGCACCCAGGAUAUCCGCGCUGCUUUGGACUAUAUUGACGAUCAACUGUCGGAUGAAAAGACGGCCUCCUCGAUCAAGCAAUUGUUCUUCGGAUCGGGCGCCGAAAUCAACUCAAAUGGUGAUUUCACGGCUGCUCUAACGGGCAUCUAUGGCUUCUUCCAAAGCUACGGUAUGUCGGGAGGCUCUGGGGGUCUCGGCUCGUUCUGCACGUGGCUCGAAGUCGACCCCGAGACGAACGGAACCACAGGGCCGGACGGGCUUGCUGCCACCUAUGGCGCCCAGUAUGUUGCUGAACGCUGGGCACAAUGGCCGGUUUUCACCGAGCUGGUCAAUGAGAACAUGGCCACCAACUGCCGGUCGCUCAACGCCUCCGCACCACUGGACUGUGACUUUUCGAAGCCAUACGGCGAUCCCUCGGCCAUCAGCUGGACCUGGCAAUACUGCAGCGAAUGGGGGUUUUACCAGGCCAACAACGACGGGCCGCACGCGCUGCUCUCGCGAUAUCAGACUCUGGAAUACCAGCAGGAAUUGUGUAACCGGCAAUUCCCGAGCGCGGUCGUCAAGGGACUCUUGCCGCCUCAGCCGCUGGCGGAUGAUGUCAACCAAGAGUUCGGAGGUUGGACGAUCCGGCCCUCCAAUGUAUACUUUAGCGGGGGAGAAUUCGACCCUUGGAGGACGCUGUCCAUUCUCUCGACGGAGGACAUUGCACCUCAGGGGGUGCAGUUUACGAGCACCAUUCCCGGCUGCGGGGUGGAGACAAAUGAGAACACGGUCUUUGGGUACAUCAUGGAAAACUCGGAACACUGCUUUGAUUUCCAGUCGGCGCCGACGCCUGGCAAGCUGUCACGAGGCAUCUUUACGUCAGCCAUGCUGCAAUGGCUGCCGUGUUUUGGACAGUGA